UUUAAACAGGGAUAUGUGUGUGCGUCCUUAUCUUAUCACCUAGCUGUGAUUGUUGUUAUUAGUCACAACAGAGCAAAGCCACUUCUCAGGAAGCCCUCAGCAGUGAACUUUGGAACCACACGCUUUCAUAAUUCCUGCAGUUCCACAGAACAGUGUUUACAGGCGCAGCCUUCAGAUACACAGCAGGAAAUACAGACGAGAAAACCCAGGACUGCUCUCUACUUGGAUUUAGUUUUGGAGAACCGUCUGCAUAACCAGAAACCUGGAGCCUUUACAUGGCCAGCUUGUCCGGCUCCAAAUCAACUCAGUCCCAGCUGGUUCUACUGUUACUGGGAGAGAGGGAAAGUGGGAAGAGCUCAGCAGGAGAUGCCAUCCUCUCCAGAAGAGCCUUUGACAGGAAAACCACCCGGAGCUGCAGGAGAGCUGCCACCGUCUUUGGGCUGAAGGUGUCAGUGGUGGACACCCCUGGCUGGCUGUCCCCCUCCACUACCCCCCACACGGUGUCUGAGGAGCUGGUGAGAGCUCUGUCCCUCUGCCACCCGGGGCCUGAUGCCAUCCUACUGGUGCUGCCCACCACCUCCAUGUUCGGCCAGGAGGAGUGGAGAGCCAUGGAAGCCCAGCUCAGACUGCUUGGAGCGCCCAUCUGGAAGCGGGCCAUCGUUCUGUUCACUCAUGGAGACAAAUUAGGAGCCCUGCCGGUCCAGGAGCACAUACGGCAACAGGGUGGCACUCUGAGGUGGCUGCUGGAGCGAUGUGGCAACCGCUACCAGGUUAUGUCCAGCACGUCCCGUACGGCACGGCUCCACGUCAGAGAGCUCUUUCAGAAGAUCCGCAGGAUGGCAGAGCUUUCAGAGCACAUCAGGGAGAUCCACUGCAGAGUGAGCGCCCAGCUCGUAGAUCUGUCCGUGAGGGAGGAGCAGCGGAGGAACGGCAGGCCGCAGGAGAUAGAAAUGACGGUGAUGGUCAACGUGUAUGGCGGUCGCCCAGGACGAAGGGAAGCGAGUGGCUGGGGGCGGCGCAGAGGAGUUGCUGGCGGCGCAGACGGCUUGAAGCCAGCCCUCACCCUCAUCCUGCUGGGAAGGAGGAAGUCGGGGAAGAGCUCUGCCGGCAACAUGAUCCUCCAGAGAGAGGAGUUCCGCAGGGACGCGAAGACGACGCGGUGCGCGGCAGGCCACGCCGAAAUAUCCGGGCGGUCCGUGACGGUGGUGGACACCCCCGGGUGGAGUCUGUUCGGUCGGGCCAAUCCUGAGCAGGUGAGGAGAGAGAUGCUGCAGAGCCCGUCGUUGAGUCCUGCUGGGAGCAAAGUGAUGUUCCUGCUGGCUGUUCCUGUGGACUCGUUCGGCGAGAAGGACAGGAAGGCCGUGGAGACGUAUCUCACAGUGCUGGGGGACGGAGUCUGGAGGAGCACGGCGGUGCUGUUCACCUACGGAGACGCACUGGAGGGAAGGACAAUCGAGCGUUUUAUUGAGAAGAAGGGCCAGCCUCUGCAGUGGGUGCUGGACAUGUGUGACCACCGGCACCAUGUCUGUGACACGAACACGGACGACACAGCUGAAGUGGAACAGCUCCUAGAGAUGGUGGAGAGGUCUUAGAAAACGCGUGAAUCCAGUUUUAAAAUAUCAUCAGGUUUGGAGAAAAUCUUCGAUCUCAAAACUAACCUGGGCUCAGAAAUGAUUCACCUUUUCCCAAAGUUCCAUCCGUCCAUCUGUCCGUCCAUCCAUCCUGUAUGCCUGCUAUUUAUUUGACUGCACCAGACUAAAAUGGCGUGGAAAUGUGGAACGCUACCAUGACAUUUCUUUAAUAAAUAAAGUUUUACAUGGUGCUGAAU